AUGUCGCUCUUUUCGUUCCUCCGCAGCAUCUACGACGUCGACACUCUCGACACCCGCUUCACCACGCCGUCGACGGUACCCUACAAGCCGGACACACCGUCGUCCAACGCCGCCGGCCGUAGCAAUGGCACGCUCGACCACACUGACAGUCGCCGCGACGCGGCCGCCGACAUCGCCAAGCGCGCCGAGCCGUCGAAAUGGCGCUCGCCCGAGUUCUUUGUCUACUACUUCAUCUUCCUGACCGUCGUGCCCUACAUGUUCUGGGUGGCCUACGACGUAUCGCGGCCUUCUGAUCCGCGUUAUCCUCAAUUCGAGAGCAAACUGGCGCCUGGCUGGAUCCCGGGACGCAAAAUUGACACGUCCGAUGCCCAGUACCACACAUUCCGCUCCAACCUGCCGUACAUGGCCCUUCUUCUCCUCUUCCAUCCCCUCCUGCGCAAAGCAUGGAACGCCGUCUAUCCCACCUCGACUGCCUCCUCCUCCUCCUCCUCGACAUCGUCUCCUUCUCGCGCACUCACCCCCGACCAGGCCAAUGCCCGCAAGGAGCAGCGUCUCUCCUUCGACUACGUCUUUGCCUUUGUCUUCCUCGUCGCCCUGCACGGCAUCUCCGCCGCCAAGGUCCUGCUGAUCCUCUGCAUCAACUACAACCUCGCCACCGCCUUGCCGCGUCAGUACGUCCCCGUGGCCACCUGGGUCUUUAACAUUGGCACGCUUUUUGCCAACGAGCUGGCGGGCGGCUACCACCUCGUAAAUGUGGCCUCACUCGUGAGCGACGGCUCGUGGGAGCCCAUCUUCCGCGCGACCGUCGAGGGCCACGAGACGGCCACCGCCCUCGUGCAGUGGGGCUCCUGGCUCGACGGUUUUUGUGGCAUCAUGCCGCGCUGGGAGAUCCUGUUCAACAUCACCGUGCUGCGUCUGAUCAGCUUCAACCUCGACUACUACUGGAGCCACGGCGGCCGCGGCUCAAGCCCGCUGGAGAAGAAGCAGCUCGAUCCCGCCAACCUCUCGGAGCGGGAUCGCGUUACCAUCUCCGCGCCCCCGCAGGACUACUCCUUCCGGAACUACGUCGCCUACGCUAUCUACGCCCCGCUCUACCUGACCGGCCCCAUCGUCUCCUUCAACGACUUUAUCCACCAGGCCCGCUACCGCCCGGCCACGAUCGAGGGCCGCCGCACCCUGCGCUACGGCGUGCGCUUCGUCCUGUGCCUGCUCGCCAUGGAGCUGGUUUUGCACUACGACUACGUCGGCGCCAUCUCCCAGUCCGGCCCCCACUGGGGCUCGUACACCCCGGCCCAGCUGUCCCUGCUGUCCUUUUUCAACCUGCACCUCAUCUGGCUCAAGCUGCUGCUUCCCUGGCGCCUCUUCCGCCUCUGGGCCCUACUCGACGGCGUCGACCCCCCGGAGAACAUGCUGCGCUGCGUCAGCAACAACUACAGCACCCUGUCCUUCUGGCGCGCCUGGCACCGCUCCUACAACCGCUGGCUUGUUCGCUACAUCUGGAUCCCGCUGGGCGGCUCCAACUUCAAGUCGUGGCUCGGUGCCGCGCGCUCCCUGCUCACCUACAUGCUCGUCUUCACGUUUGUCGCCCUCUGGCACGACAUCCAGCUGCGUCUGCUCAUCUGGGGCUGGCUGGUCGUGCUUUUCUUUGUUCCCGAAGUCCUGGCCUCGUUCCUCUUUCCCCGCCGCCGCUGGGCCGCCCGCCCCACGGCCUACCGCAUGCUCUGCUGCGCCGGCGCCGUCGUCAACAUUCUCAUGAUGAUGAGCGCCAACCUCGUCGGCUUUGCCGUCGGCCUCGACGGCCUGCAGAGCAUCGUGCACGGUAUCGUCCACGAUUGGUCGGGCUUUCUUUUCCUGAUCACGGCAUGCAGCGCUCUCUUUGUCGGCGUGCAGGUCAUGUUUGAGAUCCGCCAGUCUGAGAUGCGCCGCGGCAUUUUGCUAAAGUGUUAG